CACCGCGGCCAAUCGGCGGCUCCCGCGCCUGGCGCCGCGCCGCGCCCCGCCCCGCCCCGCCGGCCGGUAGUCGCUGCGGGCCUGGUCCGGCGGGCGGCGUCUGCUGCGGGGCCGCUGGCUGCGGGGAGGAAGAUGGAAAGUGGCGCUGUGCUGCUGGAGUCCAAGUCCUCGCCGCUGCACCUGCUGCGCGAGAUGCACAAGCUCCGUCUCCUGGGCCACUUGUGCGACGUCACCGUCAGUGUGGAGUGCCAGGGCGUCCGCGAGGACUUCAUGGCCCACAAGGCGGUGCUGGCAGCCACCAGCAAGUUCUUCAAGGACGUGUUUCUGAAUGAGAAAAGUGCGGGCGCUGGCGCCAGGACCCAGGUCUGCUUGAGCGAGGUGCCGGUUGCAGACUUCGCCUCCUUCCUGGAGUUUGUCUAUACUGCCAAGGUCCAGGUGGAAGAGGACCGGGUGCAGCGGAUGCUGGAGGUGGCCGAGAAGCUCAAGUGCCUGGACCUCUCAGAAACCUGCUUCCAGCUCAAGAAGCAGAUGCUGGAGUCCGUGCUCUUGGAGCUGCAGAAUUUCUCAGAGUCCCAGGAGGCCGAGGUCAGCAGCAGCCCCUGCCUUGUCCCUGCUGGCUUGGAGCCCAGGGCAGGUGAAGUUGGCGGCGGGGAGGGUCCCCAAGCCAGCAGCCUGGUUGGGUCCUCAGAAGACCCCCCAGGUGACAGGCUGGGCAAUGGCCUGCCCAGGAAGGCCAAGGAGAAACUAGACAAGAAGAAGGAUGUUAAGCCGCCUUACCCGAAGAUGAGAAGGGCCAGCGGGAGGCUGGCUGGGAGGAAGGUCUUUGUGGAAAUCCCUAAGAAGAAAUACACGAGAAGACUGCUGGAGCAGCAGACAGGGGCAGAGGAGGAAGAGGAGGAGAGCGCUGCAGAGCCCGGGUGCUCCCGGGGCCAGGGUGCCGAGAGCGCAGGAGUGAAGGCAGAGGUAGAGCCGGCGACACCGACGAAGCCCGAGCAUCUGGCGGCUGGCAGGCAGUUGGUGGACCCGGUGCAAAAGGCAGCCGGGGAGGAGGAUGACGAAGAGGAUGAGGAGGAGGAAGAAGAGGAGGAGGGGAAGGAGAAAAAGAAGAGCAACUUCAAGUGUGGCAUCUGCGAGAGGGCAUUUCUGUACGAGAAGAGCUUCCUGAAGCACACGCGGCGCCACCACGGGGUGGCUGCCCAGGUGGUGUACCGCUGCGACACGUGCGGCCAGACCUUCGCCAACCGCUGCAACCUCAACAGCCACCAACGCCACGUGCACAGCAGCGAGCGGCACUUCCCCUGCGAGCUGUGCGGCAAGAAGUUCAAGCGCAAGAAGGACGUGAAGCGACACGUGGUGCAGGUGCACGAGGGCGGCGGCGAGCGCCACCGCUGCGGCCAGUGUGGCAAGGGCCUGAGCUCUAAGACGGCACUGCGGCUGCAUGAGCGCACGCACACAGGUGACCGGCCCUACGGCUGCACCGAGUGCGGAGCCAAGUUCUCGCAGCCGUCAGCGCUCAAGACCCACAUGAGAAUUCACACAGGGGAAAAACCUUUUGUCUGUGAUGAGUGCGGUGCAAGAUUCACGCAGAACCACAUGCUGAUCUACCACAAACGGUGCCACACAGGUGAGAGGCCUUUCAUGUGUGAGACGUGUGGCAAGAGCUUUGCCUCCAAGGAGUACCUGAAGCACCACAAUAGGAUCCACACGGGCUCGAAGCCCUUCAAAUGUGAGGUGUGCUUCCGGACCUUUGCCCAGCGCAACUCCCUCUACCAGCACAUCAAGGUGCACACAGGCGAGCGGCCCUACUGUUGCGACCAGUGUGGGAAGCAGUUCACCCAGCUCAACGCCCUGCAGCGUCAUCACCGGAUCCACACGGGCGAGAAGCCAUUCAUGUGCAAUGCCUGUGGGCGGACAUUCACGGACAAGUCUACGCUGCGACGGCACACUUCUAUACACGAUAAGAAUACUCCAUGGAAGUCUUUCCUUGUCAUUGUAGAUGGCUCCCCCAAGAACGACGAGGGGCACAAGAUGGAACAGCCAGAUGAAGUGUACACGUCACCCAAGCUUUCUGAUAAAUUGCUGUCUUUUGCAGAAAGCAGCCACUUUCCCAGCCUGGCCACUGUGCCAGGCAGUGCCACAGCUGCACACGAAAACAGCACAGUGGACCCAACGUGCAAGUCCGACAACACUGUGGCGUCCCACGAUGCCCUGCUGGCCACCACCAUCAGUGAGCUCAGUGGGCUGACCCCACAGCCGGACACAGUGCCUGCACAGCUGCACUCACUGACCAACAUAGAAUGAGUCCAGAGUGGCACUGCUGAGACUCGGCGUGCAUGCGGUGGCUGGACCAAUCAAGUUAGAGCCAGGACCCAGGGACCAGGAGCAAAAUCUGUCCCGGGCAAGGUGAGAGCCAGGCUAGCCCCAAGGAGAGCUCCCCAGUGGGUGUGACCGUGCAUGUUCUCGUUUAAGGUGCCCUGGGCCAUCCCGCUCUGCAUGAUCUUCACCCUGCUCGCCCACCGCACAAGACUCUCCCGUCACCUCACUUACCCAGUGUGGAGGCCACGCCCUGUCCCAACACGGGCUCCGGUCCAGCUCGGGGACGUGCUGUCGGCCUUCCCCACCCUUUCACCCUGCCUUACUUCCUCCUCUGUUUACUUCUCUGAUACUUCUAAUCGCCUCUAUUUUUCUACCAAGCCAGUUUCAAAGGGGGACCACGUAUUUUUCAGCAGUUUCUUCCCCUGCUUGAAUGAAAGCCAAUCAGAUGAGCUGUAGGAACCCCCUUGGGAUGGGAUUGAGGCCAUGGAUCCCUGAACUCAUUCCUCCCCCAUCACCCCAUCAGCAGGCACAAAUAAAGGACUGGCAAAGUGAACCCUCACGGACCUGCCCAGUAGAAUCCACCCAUAGCACAGAUGCAGCUGGGAACUUGGGAACACAAUCCACCUUGGAGGGAAGAUAUGGUGUUAUUCAUUCCCAAAGAUGCUAUUAGGUACUUGCUGUCCUACCAAAGAGUCUAGAGAAACAGUGUAGUGUGUUUGCAAAGAGAUGUGAGACACUCAGCAUGCGCGGGCUGGGUGGUGAGUCUGUUCCCGGGGAGCAGGAGGCGAGCACAGCAACCACAGUGUUUCUGCCCAGCUUUCCACAUCCAACUUGUCAUUCUCAUGGGAACCCAGGUCUCCUGACCUGCACACCAGGAGGACGGCUGGGAGAGGCUAGUCACUGCAACAUGUGUGUUUCCUCGGGGGUGUCAUGAGGAUACGGAAGGAAUCAAAAGCCUGGACAUUGUCAUUUGUUAUGCCUUAAAGAGUUAACUGGGAGAGCUGUAGCUGGCUGCCCUUCCUGCUGCUGGAUGGAAUCAGGAAACACCGCCAGAGAGACGCUCCUGCUGGAUCAACCAGCCACUUGUCUGGUGCAAGGCCUGGGCCCGUGGCCUUGUGUCAGAGGGGCCAAUUCACAUGAAACGCUUCAAGGCCUUAAAACGGAAUCCUUUUUUUCUUACUAGUUGCUUUCCCUGUGCCCCAUCAUCCUAUUUAUUAGAUGUGCCGAGAACACUGCCUAAGAAGAAGGUACUUUAUCCGUGGGGUCCAAGAUGACGUGGCCACAUGAGGCCAGAAACUAGCAGAGGGCUUCUUUCCCAAACGCUGACUUUGACCUCAAUCACAGUGAACAGUGAAGCCACUACAAAGUGACCGGUAUCAGCCUGGCUCUCCACGGUUGAAGGUCACAGGAUUGAGCUACUGCAGAUUCCCUGGGGACACCAUCACUGUACCCUGGCUAUGUUUACAGAGCAGAAAAACUAACAGCUGUUGCACAACCACCUUCAGCUCAGAGGGGACGGAACCUGCCAGCUGACGUAUUUCAUGGAAUAAAGUCAUCCUGAUGAGAAGGAAUUUAAGCGAUAGAUUAUUUUGUUACCUCCUAGAAUAAUUUUUGUCUUGAAUUUGUUCAUUUAGAAGUUCUACAGAAACACUGUUGAACAUGUUAAUAAACAUUGCUUUGU